AUCAGGCCCGAAAUCGGGAAGGGUUGAUGUAAUUGACGCUUAACGUUCUGGCCAAUUAAUUAUCAGGCCCAAAAUCUGGCCUGAUUUCGGAUCCGAUAUCGGGAAGUGUGGAUGUAAUUGGCGCUCAUAAGCCCUUUUUUCUAUAGAUUCCAUUUCAUUCUACGCUAAAUUUUCACUGAACGCGAAGGCAUAUUUUAUAUUGAUUUUGUUUUGUGACAUCUACGUUAUUUUGCUAAUACGAAAACGAAACGUAAUUUCCACUCAUGGAUUGAAGGCGGAAUCUAUAUUUGUGGAUUAUUUUGUGAAUUUUCAUCUUUUCGUGCUGUUUCAGUAAUGAUGUCCGGGUAUUAUGACCAGCACCAUCGCUGGGAGCCACUUGCUGAGUUUCAUUUUAACAUUGAUAGCGAUGAAGACGAGCUGUUUGAUGAAAAUAACUAUGUCUACUGCUUAUGCAGCAGAGUUUGUAUCAGGGAUGGUGUAAGAAGACAUGUAGAGAAGGAAGAAGGCAGCGAGAGUGAUGUGGAGUUGCUCCAGGACUCGCAGUUCCAGGAGUGGGAGGAUGAAUCCCAUGUUCACUUCUCUGUUGAUACUUCCUACAAGGUGAAGUGUGAGAAAGAUGAAGGCGCCAGUUGUUACUGCAGCGCAUCACACACAGACAACUACUGUUCCACGGACGAGCAUGACCCGGCCCAGCUCCAUCUAUCCCACGCACUACAGCCGAGUGACAGCGGGGCCGACCUCACCUACCCCGACUGCCUCUCCGACAACUAUAAACUAGAGAAGAUGGACCAAGACUACCCUCUAACAGAAACAAAUGAAAACUAUCUCUCUGAAAACACCUGGGAUAAGUUCUGGGCGGUCAAUGGAGAAAGGCUCAUAUGGGCAUCAUGGAUCAAAAAAUACAGUGAUUAUAUAAAUCCAAAUUAUUUAGAUGAAAACAACGAACUCGCUAUGGAUGAGCAGAAUGUACCGAAGCAGCAUUCAGCUGAUGCUAUAUUUGAAAAAGAAACUGAUAGAUUUAAGAAAAAUGAAGAGGAAAGUAUGAGAGACAGAAAGUUCUCGUAUGAUUCUAAAGUUAAUCCAUAUAAGAAGAAGAAAUCUAAUCAGCCUGUAGAGAAGAAUGAUAAGAAUGUAGAAGGGCAUAAGGAUGAUAUUUGGUUGCCUAUAGCAAGGAGACGGUCGUGUUCUGAAAAUGAUAGAAUGCUCAGUCCUAGGACGAUGGCUGGCACUGACUCCAUGACCAACGUAACUAAGAUAACCCUGUCAAGCUAUGACGUAACUUCCAGCCACGUGACCUCAGAAUCAACUCCCACUGAUGACUACAGCGUAUCUUCAUCAACAUCUGACGAUCAGUCUAACGAUCAGACAAGAAUCGCUAACAUCGAUGAGAAUCAAGACCAACCAUUAUCAGAAGAGUUAGACACUGAGCAAUAUUGGCAAUUUUUAUGGAAGAAGCAUUUUGGAGAACAGUACGCAUUACAUUACGCGAACUAUCUUGAAAGCCAUGUGCAGGAAGCUUUACCAGAAAUAACUAUAGAGGCACUUCCUGAGAAAAAAAUUGAAGAGAAAAUACUCGACAUUGAGUGCGAGAACAGUGAAGGCAAUUCUCAAGAGAUGCCGACAGUUAUCGAAGUACAAGCUCAAGUCGACAAAAUUAAGUUAGAUGAUAAAGUUAGUAAAUCCAGGAAAAAGAAUAAGAAAUCAAGCUCCAGAUAUCUCGGAUCGGUCGGAGUGCUACUACAGAAUUUACUUAAGGAGGAGCAGAAGAAAAAUCAAGAAGGAACAGACGCCACAGAAGGAGAUCAAAAUCAAAAUGAUUCGAAUCAAAGCCAAAAUGAUUCAAAUCAAAAUCAAAAUGAUACUGUAAAAGAGGCAGAUACAGUCGACGGAGGCCCUCCGACUCCUCAAAACGAUAUUAACAAUAGAUCGGUUGAAAAUGACGGAGGCGACGAGCCGCCGGAGGAAAGAACGGUGUCUUUAAAAAGAAGCCACGAAUUAGACGAAGACACAGAAGACACAUCGGAGAUAAUAAAGGAGACGUUGGAGACGAUGGGGUUCCGCGUGAGGGCGGGCGGCGCGCCGCGCGGCCAGCUGGUGUACAGGCAGCGCGCCGCGCGCCUGCGCCCGCCGCGCAGCCGCCGCCCCGCGCAGCCCAGGAAGACCUACUUCGAUGACGAGGGGAACCCGCGCCAAGUGGAUCAGGGUCAAGAAUCCCACGACGAGAGAGAGAUGCAAACGGACGACGAAUGCCCUGCUGUGAAAUCAGACCCGGAAAAGGAUACAGACCAAGUGCCAAGUACCCUGGAGCAAGUAGCAGUUGCUGCUUCCAUAGCAUUGCCAGAUGACCCUGACGACCCCGAACCGGUGAAGAACGCUGAAGAAGCAGUGUUGGAUACAGCAGUGGCGAACUCCGAGUCAACAAAACGCAGGCGCCGCCAGAAGCGGCACACGAAAGCCGAUGACGUCACGGACAUGCCUAUAGAGCUGCAGGGAAACCCCAAGAUGCUCAAAUAUUGGAAAAAACGGCAUUCGCUCUUUCACAGGUUCGACGAGGGUAUAAAACUAGACUACGAAAGCUGGUUCAGCGUGACACCAGAGAACGUGGCGUGGCACAUCGCCGACAAAUGUCGCUACGAUGUGCUGUUAGACGCCUUCUGUGGCGCCGGAGGGAACACCAUACAGUUCGCGCACACUUGUAAGAAAGUGAUAGCAGUGGACAUCGACCCAGCGAAGAUCGCGCUAGCACAACACAACGCGGAAGUAUACGGGGUGGCGGAUCGUAUAGAGUUCAUCGUGGGGGACUUCUUCAAACUCGCGCCGACUCUCAAGGCGGAUGCUGUGUUCCUGUCCCCGCCGUGGGGCGGGCCGUCUUAUUCAGAGAGUGACGAAUACGACAUAGAGACGAUGCUAGAGCCGAAACCAGCAUCCGAUCUACUGUCGGCGGCGCGCGGCGUCAGCGGCACCGUGGCGCUCUACCUGCCGCGCAACACGCGCACCGACCAGAUCCUGUCGCUCGCUAAGGAGGUAGGCGGUUCCGUGGAAGUGGAACAAAGCUACUUGGACCGGCGGUUUGUCGCUAUCACAGCGUAUUUCUACUGAAUGAUCUACAUUAUAUAGGAAAUCAAUCCUAUUUAUAAAUGUAUCUAUCAGAAAAGAGGACAAUGAAACUUGCAAUAAGUUGGAAAAAAUAAUAUAAGUCUGUUUUGUGGCAAAAGAGUUUUUUCUACGCUAACUUCUGUCUCCAAUAUAUUGGUCUGUAUAUAUUGACAUUUAUUUUGAGUAAAUUUAGCAAUACACACAAAUACGAAUAGGGCGUGAAAUCUGGGGCCCCAUUUCUCAAACGGUAUUAGUCUAAUAUUAUUAGUGUAACCCAUACGACUUCACAGUUCAUGGACUAAUAAUAUUAGUAUAAUAUCGUUCAAGAAAUGGGCCCCAUUUCUCAAACGGUAUUAGUCUAAUAUUAUUAGUGUAACCCAUACGACUUCACAGUUCAUGAACUAAUAAUAUUAGUAUCAGGGAUCGGAACCGGUUUUUUGGAAAAACUUUGAAAUAAACAUAUAUUUCGGUUUAUUUUAUACUCUAAAUAUAGGACUCGGUUGUGUUUUUAGAUAACGACUUCGUAUUAUUAGAUUGCCCAAUUAGAAAGGAAAUAAUUAACAAAGAACGAAAAAAUACCGUUUUCGUUCCCAUACAAAAAAUACCGGUUUCCGAUCCCUGAUUAGUAUAAUAUCGUUCAAGAAAUGGGCCCCAUUUCUCAAACGGUAUUAGUCUAAUAUUAUUAGUGUAAACCAUACGACUUCACAGUUCAUGAACUAAUAAUAUUAGUAUAAUAUCGUUCAAGAAAUGGGCCCCAUUUCUCAAACGGUAUUAGUCUAAUAUUAUUAGUGUAACCCAUACGACUUCACAGUUCAUAGACUAAUAAUAUUAGUAUAAUAUCGUUCAAGAAAUGGGCCCCAUUUCUCGAACGGUUUUAGCCUAAUAUUAUUAGUGUGUUGCCAUGGUAACCCAUACGAAUUGACAGUUCGUGGACUAAUAUUAUUAGUCUAAUACCGUUUGAGAAAUGGGCCCAUGGGUGCCUGAAUGUGCAUAGAUCUCCCACAAUCCUAGUCUUUUAUUAUAUUUCUAAUAAUAUAUCAUUCUUUCCAAGAAUGCCUUGUGAGGCAAUGAGUCUUUUUUAAACAGAUUUUUUUAUUGUUUACGUGAAACAAUACUGCAGUAAUAUUUGAUAGAAAUAUUGUAUCCAACAUACUCAUUAAAAAUGUAGGUCUCUGUGCAUUUAGACCAUAUGUAUGGUAUCUGGCAUUUAUAGUUAAAUGUACUACUUGUGUCAAUUUCUCGUGCGUGGAUUAAAAUAAAGCAUCAUUGUGGAAUUCAUCUUGUGCUACAUUUUCUUUUCGAAUGUCAUGAUUAAAAAGUAAAUGCUUGUAAUAACUACAGGGUGGACAAAUAAGAAUGAUACACUUUGUUUUUAAAUUUUAAUUACAAGAAGUGGAAAUUUUAUUAAAUAUUUUUUUCAUAAAUAUAUUGUUCAAGGUUGGCAAUUGUAUACGGAAGAUAAUUUCUGCCAAAUGUCUAGCACUAGCAGCAAGCAAUUUUAUCUCAAAUGUUUCUGUUGUUUAAAACACGUUGUUUGCUCGAUUAAUUUUGAAAAAAAGCGACAGUGAUUGGCACCCAAAUUCCCCAAAUUUUGCAGCUCUUGACUUAUUUCUGUGGGGUAUCUAAAAUUACGUGUCUAUGCUAACGAGCUGAUGAAAUUUAAACAGUUAAAACCGACCAUUCGACACAAAUGUACUAAGAUAAUGCCAAAAAUGUGCGAAUAGAUGCUGAACAUUGGGAUGAUAAGGGCUUACAUUUGCCUGCUGUUAGAGGUGGACAUAUGUCAGACAUUAUGUUUCGCAUGAAUUUGCCAACCCUGAAGAAUAUAUUUUUAAAACAAUACUUAAUAAUUUUUGAACUUAAUACAGUUAAAAUUUAAAAACAAAAUGUAUACUUCUUAUUUGCCCACCCUGUAUAACACAGUAAACCGUCGGGAAUAGUACAAUACCGCGUAUUUUAAGUAACAAAUGCAGUAAGGUCCAACUUCCUUGUACGGUGUUUGAAUUUCGAACUCUUAGACUUUGUUAGUUACGCGGUAUUGCGCUAUCCCCGACGAAAUAUGUGUGUGAUUUGCUCUUGCCACUGACGCAUAUAUGCGUUCACCGUCACACAAGUUUGUUCCUAGGCCACGCCCCCUGGCAGUGAAUGCGUUAACGUUUUUUCCUGGCAAUUUUCAAUCACCUAUUACCUAUAUGUGAAAUUCAUUAAUAUACUGCCACAAUUUGAGGGUAUAUGUAGCAAUAAAGUAGCACAAAAUAUGUAUUAAAUAUGGAGUCACUUUGUGAUAAAAUAUAGUAAUAUUUAGCACAAUUAUAUGCCUAUUUAUAAGUUUGUAGAUUCCAAACUAAUACUGAAUGACUGGAAUAUAAGAAUUUGUGUGAUUUAUUGCCUAUGUAAAUAACUGUUAAGCGAAAUAUAUAUAAUCAUUAUUUGAACAUUGA